AGUUGUACGUUCCAAAUCUGUCGCCGUCACUUGCGAGUUUGGUAUCAUCCAUUGUCACCGCCGAGGAACCAGUGCUUGGAGAUAACACCAGUGCUCGCAAUCUCCGCGCCAAGGCGCCGCGCCGCUCCCCCUGAAGUGUCUCUGGUCCUCACCCCCAGGUGUCCAGCAGUGGCGAGACGGCACCUCCACGCCCGCCACUGUGUUCACCGAGCCCCAGGACCAGGUGGCAGUUCUCAACGAUGGGCAGGAAGGACCUCGACGGCGACCCCUAAAACAAUACCAUGCCCCGGGAACCCCGUUCCUGCCGAGCCAGCUUCUUCCCUUUCCACCUCCCCGACCCUGUCGGAUUCGGAUGAGCCAUUGCCGAGAAGACACGGCGGCCAGAUUGCAGACUGAGCUUAACCAAGAAGUUCAUAGGCUCAUCAAGGCUGGCCUGACCCAGACAAGAAGGAGGGAGCUCUGCCUGCCUCCCUGGGCUUGCCCAAACCACCGAUAACUUGGCAUCACCGAUUGCCUGUGUGAAAAAUUCUCCCUGUUGAAUUUUAUAUAUUUUUUGCACAUGGAGGACAACAGCAAGGAAGCCAAGACCAGAUGAUAAGACCAGUGACAGCAGGAAGAUUAUUUUACCGGAUGCCAUCAGGACAUUUUCUAUAGCUGGAGUUCUGGACUUUGACAGGACCUCGUCUAGUCAUUUUGAUUUUGUUAUUAUUAUUUUUUUUUUUACUUUUUCUUUUCCCCAGCACAUUGUAUUUUAUUUACGUACUUCAGAAAUGGGCCUACAGACCACAAAGUGGCCCAGCUGUGGGGCUUUUUUCCUGAAGUCUUGGCUUAUCAUUUCCCUGGGGCUGUACUCACAGGUGACCAAACUCCUGGCCUGCCCCUCCGUGUGCCGCUGUGACAGGAACUUUGUGUACUGUAACGAGCGGAGCUUGACCUCAGUGCCUCUUGGGAUCCCGGAGGGCGUAACCGUACUCUACCUCCACAACAACCAAAUUAAUAAUGCUGGAUUUCCUGCGGAGCUGCACAACGUGCGGUCAGUGCACACGGUCUACCUGUACGGCAACCAACUGGACGAAUUCCCCAUGAACCUUCCCAAGAACGUCAGAGUUCUCCACUUGCAGGAAAACAACAUUCAGACCAUUUCACGGGCUGCUCUCGCCCAGCUCUUGAAGCUCGAAGAGCUACACCUGGAUGACAACUCUAUAUCCACAGUGGGGGUUGAGGACGGGGCCUUCCGGGAGGCGAUUAGCCUCAAGUUGUUGUUUUUGUCUAAGAACCACCUGAGCAGCGUGCCCGUCGGGCUUCCUGUGGACUUGCAAGAGCUGAGAGUGGAUGAGAAUCGCAUUGCUGUCAUAUCAGACAUGGCCUUUCAGAAUCUCACGAGCUUGGAGCGUCUGAUUGUGGAUGGGAACCUCCUGACCAACAAGGGCAUUGCCGAGGGCACCUUCAGCCAUCUCACCAAGCUCAAGGAAUUUUCAAUCGUACGGAAUUCACUCUCCCACCCGCCUCCUGAUCUGCCAGGUACGCAUCUGAUCAGGCUGUAUUUGCAGGACAACCAGAUAAACCACAUCCCUUUGACAGCCUUCUCCAAUCUCCGGAAGCUGGAACGGCUGGAUAUAUCCAACAACCAACUGCGAAUGCUGACUCAAGGGGUUUUUGAUAAUCUCUCCAACCUAAAGCAGCUCACUGCUCGGAAUAACCCUUGGUUUUGCGACUGCAGUAUUAAAUGGGUCACAGAAUGGCUCAAAUACAUCCCUUCAUCUCUCAACGUGCGGGGUUUCAUGUGCCAAGGUCCUGAACAAGUCCGAGGGAUGGCUGUCAGGGAGUUGAAUAUGAAUCUUUUGUCAUGUCCCACCACGACCCCCGGCCUGCCUGUCUUCACCCCAGCCCCGAGCACAGCUUCCCCGACAACUCAGCCCCCCACUCUCUCAGUUCCCAGCCCAAGCAGAGGCCACACGCCUCCGGCCCCUACCACUUCCAAACUCCCCACGGUUCCUGAUUGGGAUGGCAGAGACAGAGUGACUCCGCCUAUUUCCGAACGGAUCCAACUCUCCAUCCACUUUGUGAAUGAUACUUCCAUUCAAGUCAGCUGGCUCUCUCUCUUUACCGUGACAGCGUACAAACUCACUUGGGUGAAAAUGGGCCACAGUUUAGUAGGGGGCAUUGUUCAGGAACGCAUCGUCAGUGGUGAGAAGCAACAUCUGAGCCUGGUUAAUUUAGAGCCCAGAUCCACCUACCGGAUUUGUUUAGUACCACUAGAUGCUUUUAACUACCGUGCCAUAGAAGACACCAUCUGUUCUGAGGCCACCACCCAUGCCUCCUAUCUGAACAAUGGCAGCAACACGGCUUCCAGCCACGAGCAGACGACUUCCCACGGCAUGGGCUCCCCCUUCCUGUUGGCGGGCUUGAUCGGGGGCGCAGUGAUAUUCGUGCUGGUGGUCUUGCUCAGCGUCUUUUGCUGGCACAUGCACAAAAAGGGGCGCUACACCUCCCAGAAGUGGAAAUACAACCGGGGCCGGCGGAAAGACGACUAUUGCGAGGCGGGUACCAAGAAGGACAACUCCAUCCUGGAGAUGACAGAAACCAGUUUUCAGAUCGUCUCCUUAAAUAACGAUCAGCUCCUUAAAGGAGAUUUCAGACUGCAGCCCAUUUACACCCCAAACGGGGGCAUUAAUUACACAGACUGCCAUAUCCCUAACAACAUGCGAUUCUGCAACAGCAGCGUGCCAGACCUGGAGCACUGCCACACGUGACGGCCGGAGGCCCAGCACUGAUCAAGGCGGAAGAUAAGACUCUGGAGAUCACACCCACGUGUGCACGUAGAGACACGCAAAUUACAUUUGAUAAAUGUUACACAGAUGCAUUUGUGCAUUUGAAUACUCUGUAAUUUAUACGGUGUACUAUAUAAUGGGAUUUAAAAACAAAGUGCUAUCUUUUCUAUUCCAAGUUAAUUACAAACAGUUUUGUAACUCUUUGCUUUUUAAAUCUUAAAAGAAAAAAAUAGUUGCUGAAGUACUGUACAGGGUUGUACAAUGAGAACCCAACGCCAAGGCAAAAGAACAAGUGAUUCUUCCUUGUAAUGCACAUUAACCACUUUGCUGUUGAAGCUGUCAGAGUAAAUUCCUGGUGGUCAGAUAAAGGGCACAUUAAAAUGGACUCAUCAGGGUAAGAUGGAUCAUAGCGGUGAAACAAGAAAUGGCCCAUAUAUUUUCCUGCUGUUUCUAUACCUCCUGGUCUGGAAGACAAGUAAAAAAUUCUGUAAAAAUGAAUGGAGGUGGUUGCCCUGAUUUGACCCAGUGCAGGAAACACAGAAAGCAUCAAGAGGAAGCCAGUUCCCAUGGGAUAAGUUAACCCAAUCUGACAGAUUUAAGAAAAUUGAGAUGA